UUUCUUGUCUCCACGUUUAAUGUGAAGGAGAAAUUGGGUUUUUUUCCCCACGACAGCUGAGGGGGCAAGCGGCCUGUAUCCCUUCAACAGGCCGCUCUGCGCAGUGUUUUGGUGGUUAUCACCUGUGUCCAUGUAGGUGGCUCGUUGAUGGGGAGGCCUUGAGGUGUGGGGGAGCAUGGUGCUCCGGGAGCACUGUAAAGUUGGCUUUGCCCUGCAGAGCCUCCCGUGCCUGCGCCCCGUUACAUCCCAUUGGGGUGCUUGUCAGCCUCCAUACACUUCUGGCUCUGGAGUGCCCAGACCUGUAGGCUUCCUGCAGCGGCCCUGCCGCAGGUUGGUGGGGAGAGCAGCUCCCCACCCGCGGGGCUGGGCUGCGAGAACUGCCUGUCACGGGGCUGAGCUAACAAAUGUACUGUUUUAACAGGGGAAAAAAAGUAUUUCAGAAACAAGAGUAGGCUUUUUAAAAACGUGACACAGCUAAUCCUGUCAAAUGUGAUUUGAGCGGGUCCUGCCAUCGAGUCAGCGAACAGCUGCUGAAGGGUGACCUGUACCGACACCGCUACCACAGCUCCACGUUGCUUUCUCCAGUGCGUUACACUGCGGCGCUGCAGCAGCGCAGGCCGCCCCGGCGCGGUGCGUGCGGCUGCGCCCCGGCUGCGGACGCGGCCUGCUGGCAGUGCCCGGCGCGGCUCGGGCCCCUGAGCGCGGCCCCGUCGCCCCGCUCGCCUCCCCGGGGCCGGGCAGCGGGCGCGGCCCGCCCACGCCGGCGGCUGCACCCAGCGGGGGCCGGGGAGGAGCUGCCGCUGCGCCCGCCCUGCCCUGCCCUGCCCGCGGGGCGGGGGCAGCGCCGGGUCCGGGGCGGCGGGGCGAGGCGAGGCCGUGGCGGCGGCGGGGAGCGGGCGGCGCGAUGCUGCCGGCGCUGCCGGACGGCGACGAGCGGGAGCUGGAGAGCAGUGAGGAGGGCGGCGGCGCGGGCGAGGAGCGGCGGCCGGAGCGGCACGGCAGCACCUACCACAGCCUGUACAGCUACCGGAGCUGCAGGUGCUGGCAGCAGGCGGGGGGCAGCGCGGGUGGCAGCGCCGAUGGCAGCCCCGGCAGCGCGGGGGCAGAGACACCCUCCGGCGAAGACUUCAGCCUCUCCUUGCUGGACACUAACUUGCCAUCUGAAGCAGAGACUGAGUUGCGCAGUUUUAUCGCUAAGCGUCUUACUAAAGGAGCCCUGUUCGAAGGAAUGGGGAAUGUAGUGUCAGUGGGACUGAGCAUACCAGAAUAUAAAGUUGGUUGUUAUUACUGUCGUUUCCAACAAGAAAAUCUAGAAAUGGCAACACUGGAAUCAGACAUCAAUGCUCCAGAAUACGUGGUUUGUUUCUUAGGUGGCUCAGAGAAAGGUCUGGAACUUUUCAGACUUGAGCUGGACAAAUACAUUCGAAGUCUGAAGAUAAACCUUGAUUUGGAGCAAAACCCCUGGGAGACCUACGUUAACCCCUACUUGCGAAGCUGGUUUGAGAAUGCUAUAUGCCCUAUUCAGAGAGUGGUACAGCUCUUCCAGGAGAAACUUGCCUUCUUGUUACAUGCUGCUUUGAGUUAUACUCCUGUAGAAGUUAAAAACGCAGAUGAAAGAACAGAAAAAGACAUCAGCAGGUUUCUGGCAGCUGCCAGCCUCCAAGGACUUGUUCAGGAAGGCACAAUGACCUCCUUGUGUAUUGCCAUGACUGAAGAACAGCACAAGUCAAUGAUUAUAGACUGUAGUGGACCUCAGCCUCAGUUGCAUAAUGCAGCAAGCAACAGAUUCUGUGAGGACUGGAUGCAAGCUUUUGUGAAUGGUGCUGAAGGUGGAAAUCCAUUUCUCUUCCGGCAGAUUUUGGAAAACUUUAAAUUGAAGGCUAUACAAGACAUUAACAACCUGAAGAGGUAUAUCCGCCAGGCUGAAAUGAACCACUAUGCCUUGUUCAAGUGUUACAUGUUUUUAAAGAACUGUGGCAGUGGAGACAUCCUUUUGAAGAUUGUUAAAGUAGAACAUGCAGAAAUGCCAGAAGCCAGAAACGUAGUGACCGUCCUUGAGGAAUUCAUGAGAGAAACAUCAGUGGCUUAAAAUUAUCUUAAUUUUUCUGUACUCAUUUGAGAGUGUUGUAUAAAUCAUUAAUUUCUUCUGUGCAGCUUAGUUUCACUAUGGCAGGAUUUUUAAUUUAUAUUUAAAAGUAUUACCUAAGUCAAGCCUGAGUUGCAGUUUCAUCUGCCUUUUCUCUUUUAGACAAAGCAGUGUGAGCCUUUUUAAUGCGUAAAUAUCAGAUCAUACAAACUCCUGCAUAAUUUUCAGUGCUUAGCAGGUUCUCAAAAUGACUUGUUCCUUUUCUGAGGAAAUCAUGCCAUUUGGUUUUUACAGUCACUGCACACAAAAACCCCCAACCACCAGAUCCCUUACCUGGCAAGCAUUUCAGUGUUUUAAGUAUUUUAAAUACCUUUACAAUGAUUAUGUCUAAUCAUUAAGGUAUGGUUACUUUUGUUUUAAUAUAUAAAGAAGCACAAACAUGUGGAUAAAUCAUAGUAAAUGAAUUAAUCAUAUUUGUUUAUAUAAGAGAACAUAGAUAACAAGCCUGUAGCUAGUUUCCACAUUCUACUUUCAAACUGGCAGUUUGUUCUGCUGUUAUUAGAUAAAACAAGUUGUUAAUCGGUAUGAAACAGAAUGGCCUUAAGACUGAACAGUUUUGGGAAUCAGUUUGUAUGUAUGUAUGUACGUACACUGGACAGAUGUGGUAAAUUCCCAGGCUAUUUGAUGAACCCCCUUCUUGAUUAGUUUGCAUUGUGAUCAAGACCUUCUUUGUAUGUUCCUGGUACCCAUUUUGCAUAACUGUAAAUAAUCAUCUGGUUUUCAGUCAUGGAGAAUUAAACCUGGAAGUUUUACAGAUUAAAUACUAACUUUAAAUUAAUAGAAACUUCUUCAGAAAUUGAAGUAAACUAAGUUCCCAAGUUAAUUAUUCAGGCUUUAAAACAUUUCCUUAUAUUUCAGCAAUGAGUUCUUACCCAUAUCAUAAGACAUUUAGACAGCAGAAUACUUGAAGAAAAUCUUUGGCUACAGCUGGAAUCAAAACUUACGAGCCUCUGAUUGACCCUUAAAGGAGGACUAUUUCUGUAAACCUGAUACAAGCAAAACUCCCUGUUGCUUUCCUUUACGGCAGAGAGUGUUUGAAUGCCGAACUCUGGGUGUGUUAGAACAACUCUUCCUGAAACACUAACAGCGUCUUACUAAUGCAGUUAAUUUGACUGACUGUUCUGCCAGUGCUCUGUACUGUGAUGAUAAAAUGAGUGCUUUCCUGUGACACCACUGUGUUGAACCUAUAAUAAGGUUUACAAUAAAACACAUUCAAGUCUGUAA